GUUAUAACCGCCUCUCAGACGAAAUCCUGUCUUUGCAAUUUGGAAUUUGCAAAUGGAGAACGGACGAGAAGGUGGGGAAGAGGAAACCAGGAGCAACUCGGACUGGGCUGAGUUGACUCACGAGUGCUUGACGAACAUACUGUCCCGAUUAAGCUUGGAGGAGAGAUGGAAGGGAACCAUGCUCGUGUGCAAGUCCUGGCUUCAUACCUGCAAGGACCCCUCUCUCUUCUCCGUCUUCGACCUCGAGUCCCGAUUCGAAUCGGGCACCGAGUCGUCUCUCUGGUGGUCUGCCGGUUUCGAGAGGAAGGUCGACAACAUGCUUCGAUCCGUUGUCGAGUGGAGCGCUGGAGCUCUUAAGGAGAUUCGCAUCAGACAUUGCUCCGAUCGAUCUCUCGCUUCCGCCGCCGGAAGAUGUCCAAACUUGCAAGUUCUUUCAAUCAAGAGCUGUCAACAUGUGACUGAUGCAUCAAUUAUUAAGAUAGCCUCCAACUGCCCCAUGCUUAAAGAGCUGGAUAUCAGCUACUGCUAUGAAAUAUCUCAUGAAUCACUGGAGUUGAUUGGCAGGAUGUGUCCAAACCUCAGAAUUUUGAAGCGAAACUUGUUAAAUUGGAUAGACCCUUCCCAACAUCUUGGUGUUGUGCCAAAUGAUUAUCUAAAUGCUUGCCCUCAAGAUGGGAAUGCAGAGGCUGCUGCAAUUGGGAAGUUUAUGCCUCAGUUGGAGCACCUUGAGCUCCGGUUUUCCAAGCUAUCUGCACAUGGUCUUUCUUCAAUCUCUGAAGGAUGUCCAAACUUGGAGUACUUGGAUUUAUUUGGGUGUUCAAACUUGACUAGCCGGGAUAUGGCAAAUGCAUCAGAAAACCUGAAGAACUUGAAGAAGCUUGUCAAACCCAACUUCUACAUUCCUCGGUCAGUUUUCCAUACUGAGAGAUAUGGCCAUUGGAGGUUGUAUGAUGAGCGGUUCCAAACUGAUGUUUUCCGGAUUUAAUCAAUCAAGUGAAAGAGGAUCUGGUGAUUCUUGGCCAUUAGCUGAUGAUUGGGUAAAAUGAGCAAAGAUGCAUCACCCAUGACCUGAUGAUCUUUACAACAUGGGGUCAGGUACCACAGUCCAUGGGUUUCUCUCUUCUGUAUAUAGGACACAUUCUAUAUGACUAUUAUGAAAUUUAGUGUGUUUUGAUCUUGUUUGUUUAAAUUGUAUUAAAUUGUUGUAUCAAGCUACUGGAUUGUACUAUUUCGUCCCAACAUUUAGUAAUAUUUGAUCUUCAACUGUUAUUGCCAAAAAGAAAAUCUUCCUGGUCAAA